AUGGGCAUUGUAGGCUGUGGCAGCUAUCUUGGUGGAACAAGUGGUACAUUUACAAGUCCUGGCUAUCCAUAUGGUUAUCCAAACUAUGCUUAUUGCACAUGGUAUAUAGAGGUUGAAAGAGGCAGUAAAAUAGAACUCAAUUUUACAUCGCUUAGAUUGGAAACCUCUUCCAACUGUCAAUAUGACUCAGUUUCUAUGUAUGAUGGACCAUCAUCUAGCAGUCCUCUGAUUGCAACCAUCUGCAACAACUUAAGCACAACAUUUGAAUCUUCUUCAAACACGAUGACAGUGAUAUUCCGCAGUGAUGGAUCUGUCACAUACCCAGGGUUUUAUGCUGAGUACAGAGCUAUUUCAGACCAUCCUAAUUUGAAAAUCUCAUGCUCUUCAUAUGAUAUGUCAGUCACCCUUCUGAGAUCAUAUAUUGAGUCACUGGGGUACAAUGCAAGUCAGCUGCAUUUGAAUGAUGAUUAUUGUAGAGCACAAAACUAUGGAUCAGAGAUUAUCUUCAGAUUCCCUUUAAACAGAUGUGGAACUUCUCGAGAGGUCAUAAAUGGAGACAUAAUCUAUUCCAACAACAUCAGAUCUUCACAAAUAAGUGGACUGAUCACAAGGCAGACAUAUCUCAAAUUCCAUGUCCGCUGCAGGAUGCAAAAAAAUGCAAGCGCAGAGAUCAUGUACAAAGCAAGGGGAGGUAUCACAGCCAAUGAAACUGGCACAGGAACUUACAAGAUCACAAUGAUGUUUUACUACUCGGCUGGAUUUUACAGUCCUGUAAUAGAAAGUCCAUAUAUUGUGGAUCUCAAUCAAGAGCUCUUUGUCCAGCUCAGCCUCAACUAUUCAGAUUCUUUUCUAAUCAUUUUUGUGGAUACCUGCACUGCCUCUCCAUCUCCCUAUCAGUUCUCCUAUCCUUCCUAUACCUUGAUCAGGAAUGGGUGUGUAAGAGAUCCUACGUAUGUCUCCCUGUCCAAUAGCCCAUAUGACUUUGCCCGAUUCAAAUUCCGUGCCUUCAAGUUUAUUGAUUACUCCUCCAGUGUCUACUUGAAGUGCAAAGUGGUGGUGUGCCAGAGGAAUGAUUAUUCUUCCCGGUGUUUCCAAGGGUGCCAACCAAGACGCAGAAGAGCUUUAAGCUCGCCCAAUGAGCAGUAUUCUGUUGUACUGGGAGCUAUACAGCUGAGAGACAAUAAACAAGCAGAGGGAAGGAUAAUACAUGAAAAGGAAUCAGGGACACUCAUCCUGAAAGGUGACUCAGUUAGUGAGAAUCCCUCAACCCAAGUGCCAGUGACAAUUGCAAUCACGGCUCUUGCUUCCAUCAUUGUUAUCUUGGUCGGCAUCACCCUGAAGCUGUACAGGAAUCAGAAGAAAAUGAACGAAGAAACACUUUUAAAUUAGUGUUUGCAUCAGUAAAGACAUUUUAACAUAAUUAGCUAUUUUUUCUCUGAUUCUGGAGAUUUCUUUGCUCUGUCUCUACAUCUCUCAGUAGUUGUCAUAAUAAUAAUUUGAUAAUUGAAACUUGAUAAUAAUAUUUUGAUCAUUGAAACAUCAACUUAAAUAAGAUUGCCUUUCUUUUUCUAAUUUUUUUUUAAAUAUAUAGAAAGUCAGUCCACAAAGAUGAGGGCUCCUGUGAUAAAGCAAGACUGGAAUUUUUGAACCCAACCCUGGAAGCAGCUAAACUAACUGUUGGCCCUAGGAAUAAAAUCCAAGCAUAGGAAAGCUAUGAAAGACCCACAGCAGAACAUGAAAGCGAGCACACACAUAGAAUUACAGGCAAGCCCUUCUUUAGAAAUUAAGAACGCAAAUAAUGAAGUGCUGAAAUGUGUACAGCAGAGCAGGAGAAUGGCCGUAACAAACACCUGAGUAUAAGAAAAAAAAGCAAGAUGGCAGCAGAUAAGUGCAUUGAUAUCUAAACCGUCUUAGAUGGAAAAAGAAAUCCAUCAUUUAGAUCCUAAUUUAACUGAGAUAAAAAUGUUUGUUUCCAUGUUGGAUUAGACUAAUGCUAUUCUUACAUUAAUUUAGGCUUCAUUGGCCUCUCUUGUUUAAAUUUCACUCACUCAUCAAUUGUAAUAACCCACUUGGUCCAUUAGAUGGCACCACAGCCUAGCCAAGCACCAUCAGCCCUGAAUGGGACACCAGUCCCAUGACAGGCUGCAUGACAGAAUUUUCUGGAAUAAAAUAUUAAAAAUCAAUAGAAAGAGAUCUGAUCAAAUGUGAGGCAUAGAUGGGACAAAUUUUAACACCAACAUUUAAAGGAGUAAAAAGCAUAUUAAUGCAUAGGUGAAUUACAAAUGAAAGGUUCAAAAUAGCAAUGAAGGGACCUCCAGAAGGAGGUCAUUUAAGCUUCACUCCUGAAUUAUUACAGUCCUCAGUUCCUUAACACAAAAGCAGAAAGUAAGUGCAAUAAAAUGUCUCCUAGUGAUCAGCAUCUACAGUGGAUGCCCAAAACCACCUAAAAUAAGAAUGCUAGGAAAACAUACUGUAAGUGUAGUAUAUAGUAAGCAAGUCAAAGGAGUGCCUUGCAUUAUUUCCUUUAAUAUGUUCCUAACAUUCUGGGAAAUCCAGGAUAAGAAUCUUUAAAAGUUGUUUUCAUCAAAAUCUAUUUUAUUUUAAGAUCAAAAGGCUAGCAAAACCAUGACUUUGCUAUACCUGGGUAGUUCUAGUUAUGGUUUAAUGUAAAAAAUAUACAAUUUAUUUUUUUUUUUGUAUUACAAUUUUAUCUUUUAUUAAAAUAAUAUUAAGUAGCUUGGCAGAAGUGAGAAAAGUAUUCAGGAGGUUAAUUUCUCAGAGCAGUGCCAUUGGGGAAGCAUAUUCUUUCUUUUAUCUUUGUAAAGGAUUCUGUAUACAGAAUUGUAACAAAUGAAACUACAGGUUUAAUUUCAGAUUUGAGGCAUGUUGAUUAGCAUAUGCAUCUAUGACAAUAUUGACAACAGUGAACCUGUGAACUACAGUAUGUCACGUCACACAGGGAUUGAAAUCCUGAGGUUUGGUGGUUGUGCCUCAAGGGAUAAUGUUUCAACAUGAACAGCAAAGUUGAUGAAUUUUUUUUUUUUUUUUUUUUGUCUAAAUAUACCAACUCAUAAAUUAAAUUUUAAAGUCAUAAAAUACACAGCUCUUACAUAAAAUGAAAUUUUUGUAUAAUGCAUGAAGAAUAAGUUUGGCUAAUAUCUGAAGUUUUCUUUUAGAAUGACUUGUUGACAAGCUUGAUGCCGCUUAAGUAUGAAAACAUAAUUGAAAUUUUCAUCAUAGUGAAUUCAAAUGAGAAAAAGGAAAAUUUUAAAGAUACCUACUGAUCUAAACAGUACUAUCACAAGAAGUAAUUCAAUUUCUGAGUAAAAAAGUAAUGUAAGGUUGGCAGUAUUUUGUUUGUAAAGCAAAUUAAAUGCCGAAUGGAUAAUCAAUAAUAAACAACAAUAAAGAACAA